AUGUUCGGCGCAUUCAGAGUGACGAGUCCGCUAUCCGGUGGCCUGCUAUGGAAGAUCCCAUGGCGCCUAUCUAAAUUCCAGAAAGCACGGCAACGAAAGCGACUUCGUGGUGUUGAUUCGGUGGUGGAUACGAUAAGCAUUGCAUUGGCGAAGAAGGGCGAAACGCUGAAGGCCCUCCAGACAUGGAAAGAGACGAUGCCUACCGAGGCCGAGAUGCUGCCUAAAGACAAAUACACUAUGUUUGACAGGAAAGAGAAGCGAUAUAGAAAGGGCAUUCACAGUACGUCUACGCUUAUUCCUGCUUCGGAGAGGCGUAGCUUCCAAAGUGGACGAGAGUAUCGCAAAGAGUGA